UCUUCUGAAUGAGGAUCCUGAUGGCCCUGAGACAAGUCACCUCUUUACCACUAGAGGGCAGCGGCGCUCCUCCAAGUGACCCCUGUGUUUCAGAAUCACAUGACAAUCUGAGACUGUAGCACCGGCGUUCAAAAUGUCACCCGUGUCGUCUGUUUCUUUCCGUCUCUCUCUCUCCCUGGCCGUCUGCCUGUUCUCGUAAGACGGCUUUCUGACAUCAGGAGACCGCGGCAGAGCUCACACCGGGACUGGAUGGGUAGUAAAUGAGGGGCUUCCCUCUUAUGUUAUGGCUGACUUUCCACUGCCUCCUGGCCCACUGAGCCCUGAUGGAGCCCUCCUGAGAGAGAUCCACAUCAGCCUGCUGGAGUGUAAAGUCUGCUUUGAGAAGUACAACUCCAGUCCGAAGGAGCGCCGGCCUCAGAACCUGUUUUGCGGCCAUGUGCUCUGUCUGGAAUGCGUCCGGGCACUCUCCCACCCCGUCCUCAAGAAGCUGGAGUGCCCCUUCUGCCGGCAGCUGUGUGACGUCGAAACCACGUCCCACUGCCGGGCCCUGACCGACCUUCAGGAGCUGCUGCACUGCCACGCCCCUAAGUCCGCUGUGCCCCACCGGGCCAAGGAAGGGAGUGGCUGCGGUCGGGGUGUGGGCUCCGGGGCUCUGCAACUCUGCUCGGCCUAUGGAGGCUGGGGGACGUUGAUCAACCCCACCGGGUUGGCUGUGUUCCGUUCCUCAGGGACCGCGGUGGUGGUGCACGACGGGGACCAGAGAGUCGCGGUGUUUGGCCCCCAGGGCAGGCGUCUGCACGGGUUCGGUCAGAAGGGUCGCGGCCCCGGGGAGGUGUGUUAUGCCGCGGAUGUGGCGGUGACCCCCGGCGGCUACGUGGUGGUGACGGACGCCGGCGACGGCGCGGUGAAAGUGUUCAGCUCCCGGGGGAGCGUUGUGCUGGUGGCGCGGGACUCCUUCCAGACACCCUGGGGCGUAGACGUGGAUAACUGUGGACACAUCCUGGUCACCGACAUCCGGGCCGGCAUGCUGUUCCGUCUGGUCGUGGAUUUUGCCCGUGGUGUGACCCUGACGAACCGAGCGGUUGUCACUCGGCUCCACCGGCCCAAAGCGGUGGCCUGCUGUUGGGCGACCGGGAACGUUGCCCUGGUAGAAACACUACCAUGCACCACGACAGACACCACAUCUCCGACAGGUCCCCAACCCACCAGGCUGACCCUUUUCAAUAAGGACUUUGAUAUUCUGUCUCAGAUAGAUAGCUUUGGUCUGAGCCUUGGGGCCUCGAUUUGGCCUUGUGUGUCUGCUGUGGCCUUUGACCGGUUCGGGGAUGUGAUUGUGACCGACUCGCAGCAGGGGCUGGUUUGGAGUUUGGGAAAGCUCCAGGCCAGUCCAGUUCUGACCCCACUGGUCAGUGCAGACCUGGUGCGCCCUGUGGGGCUGGUUGCUACAGCACAGAACAUGCUGAUUGUUUUAGACAGUGGAGACCAUGCAGUGAAGAUGUAUUCAGUGAGCUAAAAUCCUAUUCCAGCAAGGAAAUACAUAAUGUAGCCUGGAAAGGGUUAUCUAUGUCAGGUUUUAUUAUUGUAUUAUUAAAUAAAUAAACGAAUAAAAGUUCAGGAAAUACUUAGUGGUCACUUACAUGUUGUGGCAGAACACAAUACAUUGCAGGUUAUUUUCUUUUUUUUAUGUUGUUGGACAUAAUUAAAUGUUAAAGGUUCGUGUGUGUUUUACCCAUUUUCAUGUGACCCGUAAAGUACCAAUAACAUGGUUAUAACGGUAUUAUUUCUGUGCUUUGCAAAUGUGCUUGGCCAUUGUACAAUGUUGCUGAUUACUCUGCCUCUCGCUACUAUUUAGGGACACCUAGUGGCGUUAACUGACUGGUUAGACGAAUUAGACACGCUUAUUUACUUUCAUUAACCCGUCUUUAUCCAGGACGGGAAGAACUCUUGCCAUAAGUCAAACGUAUUAAUUACAAUUUAAAAUAGACUAUUUGAACACGGUUGGAAACACAAUUGUAAAUCUUGUGCACCACUCUGCACGCUAUCGAGUGAGACCAGUCCACAGAAAAGCUCCCCAAAUAGAGCAAAUAGUUGUAUGAUCUUAUGGUCUCAGUAAAAGUUUUGCUGAUUAAGACCACUCCUCUUCCUCUUCCACAUUUAAUACAGUCUGCAUUUCACAAUAUUUUGGAACUC